CCACUUUUAACCUCUUGAAAGACCAUAUAUACAUCAUGUCAGAAGCUGGUGAAGAACAAGCUGUCUCCGCUCCAUCACAAUUUUUGUCCGAAAUUACAGGAUCAAAAGUCAUCGUCAAGUUAUAUUCCGGUGAAGAGUACCACGGAAACCUUGAUAGCAUUGAUGGCUAUAUGAACGUUGCACUGGAGGAGGCUGAGGAGUACGUCGGUGGACAAAUAACGAACAAAUACGGUGAUGUGUUCAUCCGUGCAAACAAUGUUCUCUACAUAUCACAGGAGUGAAGAUAUAUUUAAUAGACUUGCUUCCCUU